AUAGCUUUUGAAAAAUAUCAUUCUUGAAAUAUGAAUAAAUAAAAUAAUGGAAUGCAAAUAAAAUUAGCUACUCUCAUUAAACUUGCAUGCCUUCGACACAGCAUGACUUGGUUUGAUCAAAAAUACCAUGUCCUCCCUUUUAGCAGAUGACAAGGCUCAAUGGCAACAGUAUCUGAAUUAUCUGUUGACCCUGCUGAGAUAACCGAUAUUCUUUAUGAUAUUGUGAGCAGUUUUUUUGUAGACAUUUCUAGAAUCAAGGGAUUUAUUUCAUAGCUAUGGAGAAAGUUAAAUGUGUUUUUUCUUACUGCUUUAACAGGAAGGGUCACAUCUUUCCUCAGAACUCUGCCUCCAAACCUCCAAAGUAGCAAGUGCCUGCUCCUGACCGUUACUUUGUCCAGCCCAGGUGUGGUAGCAGGACGAGCGCAGGGAAAGGCACACACGGUGGUGCAUUCAACCACAGUCAGAUCUCAUGUUUACAACUCCCUAAUAGCUUGGUUCAUGCCCUCGGUAUGUGUUAUCAUUUGAUGUAGAAUAUGACUUUUUCAACUGAGUGUAAAUCAGACGAGAAAUUAUUAGCACACUAGUGGAACACAGACAAUAAAACAACAAGCAAUGUUUUUUUUAUUGUGGAUUCGGAAGUCAAAGACCACUGAUCAUAUUUAUUCAGUCUAAAGAGCUAUCAAGUAAUGACUUUCAGAGAUUACAUACAAGAUAAUCCACGUAGGAAGAGGAAGAGUUAAGUCAAAAACAAGAGUUUAAAAUUAAAAAAAGGUUAAAAGGUUUAGAAAAAACGACACUCCUAACAACCGUGCACCACCAAAACUGUCACCAUCAGAUAAACUGUACUUAAAGCUGCCAUCGUUGAAAGUGAAGAUCAAGCUUUAGAUCUGAAAAAAAUCACAGAUGUUUCUGUCCAUCCGUCCACUGUGAGAAGACAACCCAGUGCUGUGGGUCAACGAUGUGUUGUUGUCAAGAAGCUACCCUUACUGAGAAAAGGAAACAUUUGCAAAUCAAACAAAGAAGCUGAUGGUAUUCUGGGAACAGUGGCCACCCUAGAUUCACUGUAUGUGUUUGGGAUUACUUGGACAGUGAGAAGAAGAAAAAUGCCUAAGACUGAACUUUGGAGGUAUACAAAAACAUCACACAGAAAAAUAACAUUUUCUUUGAUAAACUAAGCAAGUCUUCUAAAAACAAUAGCAUGUGUACUAAAGGAGAAUAGGGGACACCCUAGAUAUUGAAAUCUUGAUAUUUGGCUGUUAAGAUUUCUGCAUUUAUAUAAUGAUUUUUUUUCAAUACAGUGUUUUUUUGAUUCCUGUGAAAAAUGAAUAACUUGUAUUUGUUAGCCGUUUUGACUGGAAGUUAAAUAAAAAUGUGGAUGUUUGCACAGUACUGUAAAUUUGAACAUUAUUUUAUUUGAAAAUGUAUUAAUGAGUGCAUGCUUUACUGCAUAGAAUUGUAAAGUAUUAUGAUCUAUUAUAAACCUUCAAAAUGAGUUCAGUUGAAUUGCCACCUUCAGAUGCAUUUUUAUGCCUUUACCACCCUUACCACUACUAGAUGGUGUAUUUGCCUGGCUAACAUGUUUAGUGCUCUUUUGUCAUUAAUCUGGUUCAUGGCAGGCUAAGCCCAAUAACUGUAGCACGAAGGACACCAUGAGAGAAGCCAGAAAUACCGCUCCAUUUUGGGUGGCUGGACUGCAGCAGUUCUGCAGAGAUGGUGGUUUGGUGCUUUAUGUCUCUGCUGUGUCUCCUGAAGAAAGCCAGCCUCUACAUAAGGCCUAGGGCUGUCAAGAAGGCCUUUGGAGUGAGUCCUGGGUUCUAUUGGCAGACACUUGAGACCCGAGACCAAAAAUGCCAAAGGGCAGAGGCCGUGAUUUCUCAGCAGUCUCACACUGAGUCUCUUGGUAGUGAUCGCUUUAGGACGUGGACCACUAUUUCAUGACCCUUUAGCGACACAUCAUACCCUUCAGCUUCCACAGAGUUCAGGACUGGAUGUAUGCAGCCUUCAAUUCAUUUACUUUUCUGAAGAGCUCCUAGCAAAUACUGCAGGGCAUGUGACAGGUGGGCAUGGAUGGGAGUCAACCCAUCAGCCAAUGCUCACUCUGGCUAUCAGUGGAACAUACGCCAGCUCCAUUUGGCAGGAGACAACUGGGCCCUCAGACCCCUAGUUGGCCUGGAAAACUGACCCAGUAUCUGUCAGUGCCCUCUACUGCCAUGACCAAAAUCAGCCCCUGCUCCUUUAUCCAUGAAUGGCCAGCCGGGUGCACUUGGGUUUGUCUGUGUGGUUUGGUGGGAGGGUGCCAAAAACUGGCCUUAUGGUAACAGAACAGAAACAGAGCUGUAGUGACGACAAAGACAGAGCUUUUAACGCUGAAACCUCUUCUGCUGCAGCUCUCUGUGCCACAGUGAAAGGCGAUGUGUUCCUGCUUGUAUCUCCAGUGGUUCUGCUGUGCUGUUACAGCUGUAUGUGCAAAAAGAGGCUUCCACUUAGUGGGGCUACAGAGAGUACUGAUCUCCAGCAAGCGAGCCUCAUCUCUGGGCCUCGCCUCAGAGCAGGUAAUCAGAUAUCAGCGUUCUGUCACGCACCUAUGGUGUUUCUGGAUGGAGAGCUCCACUCUCACUGCCUGGUGCUGCUGCUGAAGAAAGAAAAUGCACUGCGCCACUGUGGAAGCCUGUCUACAGGUCUGACGAAUGAGAUUGCAGUAAAAGGCUUGGUUGGACUGCUCCAUGCCAGACUGGCAAGUGAUGUUCGACUAGCUCCAGAUCUCUGCUUCCAUGCUGUGCCUUACAAAGAGAACCUCCUCAAAUUCCUUUGUGGGCUUACAUGGACGUUGCCAGACUUCAGCCACGUGAUCCUGUCCAACCACAGUGAGACGGAGCAGAUCGUGAUUCUCACGCUGACCGGUCACGACAUUAUGGAGGAGGGCAUAAGUCUGCUUCACAAAGUCAUUAGAGGAGGUGUAGCAGGAGGAGCGAGGGAGGAGAGAUUUGAGCUGCUGGCACUGAAAUGGCUGCCCACGCCGUCCCUGAGGCAGGCUCAGGAGCUGAGCCCUUUCGAGGUCGGUGACCGUCUGUGGCAGAGCAGUGUGGCAAGCCUGGCGUCAUCCCCAGCCCUGGUCUGUGCCCUUAGGGGGCUGCAGGCAUUUGGCACUCUGCAGAGGCUUUUGUGACAAGACUACCCAGGGAACCUGAGUGCACUGAUGUCGCCUACCCAUGAAAUGGCCUACAGACAAGCCACCCUCUUCUUCACUGAGGCAGUGUUGAUCCCAGGCUCCAAAAGUCAGUCCUUCUUCAGCUGCAUGACAGAGGGUAAGUGAUGACUUAUUCAGACAAAGAGCAUAUUUCAUGGCUGUCUCUCCGACUCGCACUGCUACAUUCUGCAGGCCCACAGCCUCUUCUCACUCUGGCACUCUUCAAACCCGGCGUCUGGAGACACUGCUUGCACAAAAUCCUCAGCAAGAUCCAGCAGAACAGCUUCACUCUGGUGGGCUUGCGAGUGCUUGUGCUUGACUCAAAGAUGGCAGAUGUGCUGACCCAAGAGCACCAGGUACUAGGAGUCUGGCCCUGCGCUGGCUUUAUGCCUACAGAGAGUGAAUGCAGUUAAGAGGCUUUUGGAGCUGCUGGACCCUGAGGACCCUGCUGAAGCAUGUGCAGAAGACUUGUGGAGGGCCAGCUAUGGCACUGACACAGUGCACAACGGCAUCUAUGUGGGGUGUUCAGUCCGCAGUGCACUUUGCCAGACCACCUGCCUCCUCAUGCCCUCCGGUCUGCUCCAGCUGAGCAGACCGCCCCUUCACCUGGACCUCUUGGAGCAACUGCUGAGGACAGGCUGCCACCUGGUGGCCGGGAGGAUGUCUACGCUAGACAAGGCUCAAAGGAGACACCUAUCUGAAUUACUGAGGCCCCCUGCUGGUGGAGCAGUUAAUGAAACACUUCUGUCUGAGGGUCCGUGCUCUCGCUCUGCAAAUGGACAACGUUGUAACAUGCUUUGGCUUGAUUCUUGAAAGCAUUUGUAGAGCUGGACCAGACUUUGAGGAAGUGAGGAAAAGGCUUCUGCACCCCAGCUCAAAAAACGAGGCAAGGAACACAGUCAUCACCAUCAGACGCCUCACUCGGGAUUAUAUUUCCCACUGAAAGUGUAAUGUUUCUUUAUACUGCAGGCAGGGAAGUUACUGUGCUACCUGUUUGAUGCCUUCACUCCUGACAGCUGACACAUCGUAGUGCCACGAUAAUCUGGAUUCCUUCACUGCAGCGUCAGAACAUUCAGACACGUUUUUUAUAUUUAUGUAUCAAUACAUCAAUUUGAUAUUUAUCUUGCUGCAAAGAGUAAAUAUGCAUUCAGUUAGAGCCCACCCUUCAAAACAGACAUUAAUUACCCAUUUGCUUUGAUCAAUAAUGGCUUCUUGACAAAUACACCUCCUUUAAGACUCAUAGCAAUGAGUUGUCUUCUCACAGUGAAACAUCUCUAGAUUAUUUACAGAUCUGAGGCAAGAGUGGAGCUUGAUUUUCUCCUCUCUCUCAAAGAUGAAAGCUUUAAGCACCAACUCGUUUAUCUGAUGGUGAGAUUUGGUGGUCAACCAGGUCUCGCACAGUUGUUAUGAGUCGUAUUUUUUUCUGUAUCUUUUAAUUACUUGAGAUCUAGUUUGACUCCUUGUUUAUUCAAGUGAAUUAUCUUGUUAAUUAAUGCAAAAUGUAUAAAUGUGUGCAUAAUGGCAGUUUUGAAUGGAAAUUAAGGCCGGUUUCUGCCUUCUGUACAGUUCUGGAUACUUCAGGGUUUAUAUUAAAACAACUCUGCGUUUCCAAA